AUGUCAAAAAUUUCUUUAAAAGUCAUAUUUUCGAAUCAUUUAAACACUAACAUUAGAAAAAUAGCUUCAACGGGUCUCGAUAUUCAAAUUUUCACAUCUUCAGAAGAGCAGAAAAUUCAGAAGAAAUGUUCAAUUCAAGACGCGUUGUUACAGGUAAUAACAUGCACUUUUUACGCUUCAAUUGGUUUUUGA